AUGUUUAGUCCAACUUGUGACGUUUUACUUAAAAUUAUUAAAGAUGGCACCGGUCCAAUCAAAGGCGACGCAGAUUCAGCAUAUGAGGCUAUUACUACAUUUGAGUUCAUUUUUGUUCUUCAUCUUGAGAAAGAAAUAAUGGAGAUUACCGAUUUACCUUGUCAAGCUUUACAAAGACAAUCUCAAGAUAUUUGUAAUGCAUUGAGGCUAGUUGCAUCCACCAAAUUGUUAUUGCAAAAAAUGAAAGAUGAAAUAUGGGAUGGUUUGUUGUCUCUUGUUAUGUCGUUUUUUCAGGAACGCAACAUUGAUACCCCUGAUAUGUCUUCUCCAUACUUUAGUACAGGGGCUCGAGCAUGUAAUGAGCAUAGUGAUCAUACACUUGAGCAUCAUUACCGGGUGGAUAUAUUUUAUGAAGCAAUUAAUUGUCAAUUAAUUGAACUAAAUCAUCGAUUAAAUAAUAUAUCAACGGAGAUGCUUCGACUUUCAACAACUUUAGAUCCUAAAAGUGUCGUUGAGCCUUUUCGAAGUGGUGAUGUGAUUAAGUUAGUAGAGAAGUUUUAUCCCGAAGAUUUCAAUGAACAAGAGAAAGUACUUUUGAAGAUACAACUUCAAGAUUAUAAGAUUGAUGUCAUUCAACAUGUAGAUUAUAAACUAUUGACAUCUAUAUCAGAAUUGUGUCAAUGGUUGAUAAAGACAAAAAGAGUGGCGAACUUUGAUCUUAUUUAUCAAGUAGUGAGUCUCAUACUUACUCUUCCAGUUUCUACUGCUACAACGGAGAUGUCAUUUUUGGCAAUGAACCUCAUUAAAACAAGGUUACGGAAUAAAAUGGAAGACGAGUUUUUGAAUGACUCAAUGGUUUUGCACUUCGAACGAGAACUUGCUGAAAAGAUUAGUUUAGACACAAUUGUACAAGACUUAAAAAAUGCAAAAGAUCGUCACGUUCCACUUUGA